AUGUGUGACGCGCGCGCGAGUCCCGGAGGCCCGCGCCUCUUGGUUCCUUUCACCUCUACUAUCAGACUGCUCCUCGCUCUUUUGCUGCUCGCUUCUGUGUCUCCCGUCUCCGCCUUUCGCUCGCUCCUGCCUCCCCUGAACUCAAACACCACUGGCAAGAGUUCGUCCGUGGUCGCAGCUCCGCCGACGCUGUUCCUCUCUGGUAGGGACUCGGCGAGCUGUGCCUGCCAGCGCGCGCCUGCCGCGGCGGCUUCUGCCUCUUCGCACUCAACUCGCGAUGGGGAGUUCUUGCUCCCGUCGAUUUUAACUGGAGGAAAUGACGCCGAGACGGGGGCGCUCGACGGCAAGACAGAUGCGGAGACUGCCGCCUUCGCCCCGCGGGCCUACUGCUGCGCGGACAAAGAGGAGGCUCUCUCUAGGAGCUUUGAAGCGCCAAACGGCGUCGCAUUUGCGUCGAUUGGAGAUAUAGGGGAGGCAAACAGAGAUCAAGCGAAGUGCGCCCAAACUUUGGCGGCGCUCAGCCUCGCCCUGGACAUGAAAUUUGUGAAUUUGCUUGGGGACAACGUCUAUCCUCAUGGAGUGGUCUCCGCGUAUGAUCCGUUGUGGGAAGAGGUCUUCGAAGUUCCAUUCGGCGCUCCGUCCCUUGAAAAAGUUGCGUUCUUCCCGGUGCUUGGCAACCACGACUAUCACCUCGACCCUUACGCCCAGAUUGAUCGCUGCAUGCGCCUCGAAGCCGCGCACGCGAGGAGUGCUGUGCCGGAAGCGAAGACCGGAGAUGCGAAGGCUCCGCUGGAGGGAGCGAGCGCGACGCAGGCGAUUCUCCCGUGGGCACAAUACGUCCCCCAAAAGUUCCGCUUCGUGUUCAAUCAGACAGCACGCAUGCGCGGAAUCGAUGGCCCGCGAUGGCGCUUUCCAAACUUCUGGUACUUCACCCGCCAUGUGUUCCGCAACGUGCCGAGACACCUCAGCAACCCCUUCGUCACGGGUUCUUCGAUCUCAGACAUUUCUCUCCACUCUUCGGGAGACGACAAGACAGAUGUGACUGUAGUGACAGUCUACAUCGAUUCGAUGGUGUUUCUCUUAGAAGAAGGAUCCACGUCGACCUCUGUCCCGUACAAAUUUCCUCGCGACGAGGUGUACUUCAGGCAACUCGAUUUUCUCGAAAAUACACUCAAAGCAGCGUCGCAAGAGGCAGACUGGAUCUUCAUUGCAGGCCACCACCCGGUGGUUAGCGACGGGCUGAGUCGACAAGGUGUGUCGACUUUCAAAACGCGGCUGCUAGAACUCAUCGCAAAGUACAAAGUCGACACAUAUCUCUCUGGACACGAGCACUUGCUGGCCUUCUUCGAGGAUCCGGAAGCAAAAAGCACGUACAUCGUCAGCGGGUCAGGCAGCAAGCGGGCCUCCAAAGGAUCCUGUAGUGCAGACAAGUGCUUGUUCGCAGGGCAUGAACACGGAUUCGUCGCCCACGUCUUGGGCAAAGAAGAAUUGCACCACGCGGCCGUGUCCGCCGAGGGGACGAUUCUCUUCACACACACGCAGCGGCGGCAAGAUCGGACAGUCCCAAACCCCAAGAAGGCGAAGCAGAAGGGUGCAGUGUAUCCUGCGAUUCGCCGAGUGUAUAUUGGUCCCUACGAGAUUUCCGCAGUCGACGAUCUGCAGCGGCUUCCCUCGUACGUGUACUUUUUGCUGGGCAUGUGUGCCAUGGGUUGCCUUCUGGUUCUGGUGUUUUGCAUUCGCCGGUGCGUCGUGCCUUUCUACACACGCAGCCGGAGGGCCCCUUUCACGACCUGUAAGAAGCGGUGUCGAUCGUCCUCGGAGUGUUCCUGGUUCGCGGGAGACCGUCCGCGUGGAGAUCACGCGCCGCCCGCCUCCCGUCGCUCGCUUCCCGUUCCUCUGCGCCUCGUGAGUCAGCGGUCUGGCGAGGGCCAGCCGCUCGUUUACAUCCAUGGCGCGGGGCUUGAUGGAGACAAGACACAGGAUCCGGGGGGGGAAGGGUCGGGCGGCGAAGAGAAGCACGACCCGUGGUCUUCCACCCGGCAGCCGAGCGACCGCGAGACGGCUGUCGCCUCUCAGUGA